AUGGCGAGCAGUAGUCGACGCUCGAGCGAGUUGGUCCCGUUGCGACAACCUAGUCCGCUGUCACGCUCGCCACUUCCUUUCUUGCCUUCCACCGACUCGACAGAAAGCUUCAAAUCACAAGCGCGUCGCCGACCCAUGUCGACGACAUCGUAUAACCCUGUUGCUGCCACCACCCCAACUUCGCCUUCUUUUCCUCGUCGUAUAAACUCGAAUCCUUUUGAAACAAGUGAUACUGGUCAUGGCCAGGAUAUCGGUUCUGGCUCGGAAGACCACGAACUAUCGCCGACUUGGAGUGCAGCCCAACUCUAUUUUCCUCCAGCCGAGCCAGAGGAUCAACCUAUUUAUCACUCCCCUCGACGUGCCAGUGUAGGAUAUCGUCCACCUCCCAGCAGCUACCAGUUUCCAUUCCAAUCGCAUCCGGGCAACCCAGACCCACUUCCUCGCCGUCGUUCGGGCUCAUUCGAAAGCCUUCCCUCUCCGCCUACGCGGCAGAUGUCCGACGAUGAACACGACCUACCUUUGCAACCACCGCAAGCAUCGUUCAUGUCACGCAGUGCAUCGAACACUUCUUUAAAUGGAAGUCCAACUGGUUCGACAAUAUUUCGUAGCUCUGCUGCAGCCGGGAUGUCGACUCCUGGAAGCGCUGCCCCAGUUACACCAGGAACUCCUUCUCAGACAUUCAGAGCACCGUUUCUCUCUCCGGCAUCGAGACCCUCAUCGUCUGUCUGGACUCCUCCCACAUAUCCAUAUGCAGUCACUGGUGAUGGGCUUUCUGGUAGUGCUCUAGCUUUGCCCGCACCCCCUGCACCAGCUCCCUCCACUCGUCUCCAGGCCAAACUCUCCAAAGACGAAAAGCCGUGGCUUCAACGUGCUGCCCCGCGUCAGCGUGUCUCUUGGUGGCUGACCUUCCUAUGCAUGUUGAUUGGUCUCGGCGGAGCGGCGGUAUUGUGUCUUUUCGGCAUGAAGAGUGUCGACAAGUUCAGCGACAGUCAGUUGUGCACUGUACUCAACGAUGACUUUUCUACCUUCGAUCUGGCCAAUACAUGGACCAGGGAUGUCCAGCUGGGCGGCUUUGGUAACGGAGAAUUUCAAAUUGCCAGCUCCUUCGACACCAACUCAUAUGUGAACAACGGCAACCUCUACAUUAUGCCUACCCUGACCUCGGACUGGGCUGGUGAAGACACAGUCAACACUGGCACUGUCACUCUGAGUCCCUGCACGGAAGAAUCGACCAACAAGAGUGCAUGUACCGCGUCAGGGAACGGGAAAGACACCGUCGUCAAUCCUGUCAUGAGCGCCCGUAUCAGCACAAAGGACCAUUACAGUAUCACAUACGGCAAGGUUGAGGUUCGGGCCAAACUACCCCGGGGUGACUGGUUGUGGCCAGCGAUUUGGAUGCUUCCUGUCGAGGGAACUUGGCCUCUCGAUGGAGAGAUGGACCUUAUGGAAGCUCGUGGCAAUUCGCCGUCUUACCCGCAACAGGGUUCGAAUUUUGUACGCGCUACAGUCCAGUAUGGUCCCUUCGCAGAACUGGUCACUCGAGCGUUUGGCUGGUUCGGUAUGAAACGGUCAAGUUUCGAUAAGGGCUUUCAUACGUAUGGCCUCGAGUGGGACAAGGGUUGGAUGCGCUUCUAUGUUGAUACUCAGGUCCGACAAAUGCUCUAUAUCAAGACGAAAAAGCCGAAGCAGAGUUUCUGGAAUCGCGCCGGAUUUCCUGAUACAGCCCAUAAUGGCUCCUCGGAAGUCGUUGUCCACAAUCCCUAUACGAACAUCAACAGUCCUUUUGAUAAACCAUUUUAUCUCAUCAUCGACCUUGCAGUUGGUGGAACGAGUGGAUGGUUUCCCGACAAAGUCGGUGGCAAACCCUGGUUGGACGGCUCCAGUACGGCCAUGUUCGAUUUCUGGCAAGCGAAAAAAGCAUGGUACUCAACAUGGCCAAAAGACCCGGAGGACGGGGCCUUUAGAAUUGAUAGCGUGAAAAUGUGGAAGAAAUGUUGA